AUGUGGCCCCCGCCUGUUAAUCAUGGGGGGAUGCCCCUGAUGACAAGAUUGGUCGCUGUGGCUAUCGACAGGGAUAAGGGUAGCCAAAUUGCUCUGAAAUGGGCUGUUGACAAUCUUCUUGCCAAAGGCCAGACUGUAAUUCUGGUUCACGUCAAAGUGAAACAGUCUUUUGCAGGAACGCCGACAUCCCCGUCUUUGCCUAGCUCUUGGCCUAACAGUCCUUCAGGUCCCGGUGAUGAAAAUGGAGAUGAUGCACAAUUCAAGGACUUAUUUCUCCCUUUCAGAGUCUUUUGCACUCGCAAAGAUAUACAAUGCUUUGAUGUUGUGCUGGAUGAAACAGACGUAGGCAAAGGUAUAAUCGAGUUUGCAAAGCAAUCUGCAAUUGACGUGUUGGUUCUUGGUGCUACAGUGAAAGGCAGCAUCUUCAGAUUCAAAGCAAAGGACAUCCCUGGAAGCGUGUUAAAAGGUGCUCCUGAUUUUUGCACCAUAUAUGUCAUCCACAAAGGCAAGAUCUUGUCCACACGGGCAGCUUCUCGCCCGGCCCCAUCCAUUCUGAGCCCGAUUCGUAACCAGAUAAUGUGUCAAGCUAGCAGCAAGAAUAAUGGAUCAGAACAGCCAAUGGCCUCCACGCCCAGUUCUAGAAGUUCAUCCUCAGGACACUCGAGGCUAGGAUCGGAGCCAUUGCCUAGGCAGAUGGAGGCAAUUUCCAUCAGGUCACCGUUCGCUCACAGGCGGGCUCCAAAUGGAAAAGCAUACGAGGUGUCUGCACCAGAGACCGACAUAUCAUUUGUCAGCUCGUCUACAAGGAGAAGUGUCGAUGCAUUUCCCAAUUUCAGCGAGAGCUUUGAUGGGGCUCUCACUCCUCCUCGGCUUUCUGGAUACUCGGACAUUGACUACUCCGACACGUGGCACCAGGGACGCAAGUCGGUGGACAUCUCGUCCCCUCUUGAACUCUCGUCUUUGUUCGAGAACGAGAAGGCAUUCUCGGCACAAACAAUGGAUGAAGUAGAAGCUGAAAUGAGGAGGCUAAAGCAGGAGCUCAAGCAAACGAUGGAUAUGUACAGUACUGCAUGCAAGGAAGCACUAUCAGCAAAAGAGAAGGCAAUGGAACUCCAGCGCUGGAAAAUUGAAGAACAGAAGAGGCUGGAAGAGGCCCGGUUGGCGGAAGAAGCUGCACUUGCCCUAGCAGAAAAAGAAAAGGCCAGGUCCAAAGCGGCCCUCGAACAUGCCGAAGCUGCCCAGAGGCUAGCCGAGCUGGAGGCCCAGAAGAGGAUCAAUGCAGAAAUGAAGGCCCUAAAAGAAGCAGAAGAGAAGACCAGGAUGCUCACCUCAUUGACACAUUCGGACACCCGGUACAGGAGGUACACGAUCGAGGAUAUUGAAGUUGCUACCGAAUAUUUCGCGCAGUCGAGAAAGAUCGGGGAAGGUGGUUAUGGGCCGGUCUACAAGUGCUACCUGGAUCAUACUCCGGUGGCGGUGAAGGUCCUCCGGCCCGAUGCUACUCAAGGGAGAUCUCAGUUUCAGCAAGAGGUUGAGAUCUUGAGCUGUAUACGGCACCCGAACAUGGUCCUCCUCCUGGGCGCCUGCCCUGAAUAUGGCUGCCUCGUCUAUGAAUACAUGUCGAACGGCAGCCUGGAGGACCGCCUCUUCAUGCACGGCAAGACCUCUCCACUGUCCUGGCAGCACCGGUUUCGUAUUGCAGCAGAGAUAGGGACGGGCCUUCUCUUCCUCCACCAGGCCAAGCCCGAGCCCCUCGUCCACCGUGACCUCAAGCCAGCCAACAUCCUCCUCGACCGCAACUAUGUCAGCAAGAUCAGCGAUGUCGGCCUGGCCCGCCUCGUCCCGCCAUCCGUGGCCGACAACGUCACCCAGUACCGCAUGACUUCGACAGCUGGCACCUUCUGCUACAUCGACCCUGAGUACCAGCAGACGGGCAUGCUCGGCGUCAAGUCUGACAUCUACUCCCUCGGGAUUAUUUUCCUGCAGAUACUCACGGGUAAGUCCCCCAUGGGCCUCACUCACCAUGUGGAGCGAGCCAUUGAGCGCGAUGCCUUCAGGGAGAUGCUCGACCCAUCUGUCCCCGACUGGCCCGUCGAGGAGGCUCUUUUGCUCGCCCAACUGGGGCUACAAUGUGCAGAGCUCAGGAGGAAGGACAGGCCAGACCUUGGAAAAGUGGUGCUCCCUCAGCUGAAUAAGCUUAGGGAGAUCGCGGAGGAUUCCAUGUUGAAUGUGGGGCCGUACAUGGGGACCCCUUCCCCCACCAGUAGCCAAGUCUCUAUGUCCAAAGACGAUCUGAGUUUUCCACCAUCAUCAUCCACGCAGUCGAGCAUGGGGAGUUGA